ACCGUACUUUUAUUUCAGAUUACCUAAUGGAAUUACUUUCCCAGCCCACGCUAACAGCUUUGCAAGUCUGUGGAACAGUCGGACUUCCAGAAAAGUGUUUCCGAGUUAUUGUUAAAAAUGCAUUGGAUUGCAUUUUCAGUCAACAUGAAGAUGAGAUCCUAAUAGAUAAAGACACUGUGGAGAUAGAUGCUGCCAUCUUGAAGCAAACAUACCUCGCUAUAAUGACGUUGUUUGUUGAAGCCUCGAAAACAGAUACAAGCUCUGAGCAAUUCAGUAUGGUAUUAGAUGACUGUAAAUUGCUCCCGAAACAAAAAGAGAUUUUGCAAGAAUCAUAUAAGCUAAACAAGCAAAAGGUACGAUCACACUUGGCCCGAAUUAACAAAGGCUUACCUCAUGUAGUUGAUAUCGAUUGGAGACUUGAUUACAACAUGAAGAAUAGUCAGUUGAACAAAGUUAUGGAUUUGAAAUACACCCUUUCCUUUAAAACUGAACAACAGUUGUGUGGUGAAAUAAACUCUAACCAAGAAGAUAAUGUGCAAUUUUCUUGCACGCGUGAACAGUUGCAAGACUUUGUUGGAAAAUUAAAAGAAGCAGUAAAAUCAGUUGAGAGGGCAAGCCAAAGCUGAAUGAAGCCUAGGAAAUGAAGAUGGUGAUGAAAUGACAAGCCGAAUAAAAUUGAAUUGGAUGAAAUUUUCUCAUAUAUCAUGCACUGAUGUUUGUAUCCAGGACAAGAUUCACCGAAUAAUUUGUCACUUUUCAACUUUUUUUUUUAAUUAUUCUCAAGUGUUUGGCAAUUUUUGUCACCUGGCAUACUUGUCUGGCCCCUUGGUUUAAUUGUACAUGACACUAAGCCAUAUAUCUAGAAAUUCGGGUAAGUGAGGGAGAUUCUUUCAAUUAUUUAAUUCAAAAUGCAUGUACCAUGCUGAUUAUAUAAUUACUGCAAACCCUACUUUGGGAUGCCAGGAAUUAACACUACUAACCAAAUAAAGUUGUCUGGAUAGUCAUUUUUCUAUGAUUCCUAUAUUCCGAUCUUAUUCCAAGUGCAAUAUAAUACUUUGGCAAAAACACUUAAUUUUCUAGUGCUGUUGUCCUGAAAAAAUGUUUGAACUUUGAACAGGUAGUGCCUAGUCAAAAAA